AUGUUCGGAGUGAGCCUCUCGGACCAUUUCAAGGCCGCCGUAACUCAACUAGAGGCGACCGGCACCUCUCUCCAAGCACGCGCACUAAGCGCAGCCCAGGCAGCCCAUGCGCAGAGUCUAAGCCCCGGUCCGUCGGGGAGACCCAGUCGACCAUCGACACCGCGAACCAGUUCGGGCGGAGUCGCGCCAGCGAGUAUCUCUACGCCAGGUGCCGAAACGCCGAAUGCCAAUGCCGGGGCCGGAACGACCACCCCCUCCGCAUCCCCCACCAAAUCUACCGCCUCCACCUCACCCACCGCGGCACCCUCCGCAUCCCACCUUGCUGAGAGUGCGCUCGCCGGGCUGAGGAAGGGGUUCUACCGGGCGAGUUUGGAGGGUGGGCGGCCGACUUCGGCAGGUCUCGGGAGAGAGGCGGCUGCCCCCGUGGCGAGGAGUGCGAGCUUUUCUGCGCUCGGGGCGAAUGAGGCUAUGCCGGCGUCGGCCUCGGAGGCCGUAGAGGCUUCCAAAGCUGCGGCCACAGAGGCUACAGAGGCUACAGAGGCCAAAGAGGCCAAGGAGGCCAAGGAAACUGAGGAAACUAAGGAGAUUUCCGAAGCUGCCGCUGUAACCGGGGCAGGGGCCAAGGUGAAGGGAGGUGAGGGUGAGGGUGAGGCCGACGUGGACGCCAAGGGCGACGCGGAAGCGAAAGCUGGGGACAGUGCGGAGCCAGAAGAAGCUGUCCCCAACCUCACCCCUGCCCCCACAGUGGAGCCGUCAACUGGGGCGUCCUCCCCGACUCCAGCAGAACCAACCAGCGAGGCGCCCGCGCCACUAGAACCAACCGCUGAGAACCCGGAGUCGGACGCAGAGGAGGAGAAGGACAAGAAGCCGACAGGGAAGAAGAAGAAUAAGAAGAAGAAGAAGAAGGGCGCGGCUGCUGCUGCUGCUGCGGCUGCGGCAGUGGCUGCGGCCGAGACGGAGGAGGUGCUGGAGGCGAAGGAGGAGGUCAAGGAAGCACCCAAGCAGGAGCCGAAGGCUGAAGAACCACCAAAGGCCAAAUCAACAGAUACCAAGGAGCAGCCCGAGCCCAAGACGGAUACCCAGGACGAGCCCGAACCCAAGGCAGACAAGGAUGAGUCCAAGCCCAAGACCGAGACAGAGCUGGAGGGGCCUUCAAAACCUGAAAGCGACACAGCAGCAACAACAGCCAAGGAGCUCGUGGAAAACACGCCCACCUCGUCUAAGAGCACACCGCACGAUCCCGCUGUCGUCGCCGCUGCGGCUGUGGGGGAACCCACCGCAACGGCCGAGGACGACGUCGCGACCCACCUUGCCGACUCUGAGCGGCGCUUUGAGGACCUCUCAAAACGAUACACCGAACUCCUGUCGCAGACGUAUGCUGCUAACAAGGUGUUCAAGGAUCUCACGCCGCUCGAUGGCGUCGCGGAUCCCGACGCGCUCGAGGGAUGGGUGCGGAUGGUUACGGGAAAGAUCGACAUGAUGAACGACGAGUUUAAGCGGAUGAGAGACAAGCUUGCAUUGCAAGACUCCCGCAUGGAGGAGCUACGCGACACGCACCGGCUCGAGGGCACAUCCCAAACCGACCUGAUCAAAAACCUGAGGCAGCAGCUUUCGGUCGCAGAUAACAGCCUGAACGCCAAGGCCAGCGACCUCGUGGCGCAAGGAACGCUCAAAUCGGACCUGCUCAAGGCACAACAAACGGCCAAGGACGAGGAGGAGAAGCGGACCAAGGCGAUCAGCCUGCUCAAGACGGUGCGGCAGAAGAACGUCAAGGUGGAGCGCGAGAAGGAGGAGAUGGCGCGUGAGCUCGCGGAGGCGCGCGCUGAUCGCACCCGCGCUCUCGAGGACGUCGAGAAGAUCAAGGCCGACAAGGAGCGUGAGGUUACUAACCUGCGCAAGGGGUUCGAGCGCGAGCUCUCAUCUGCCAAGGAACGCGCGGACAAGGAGCUCUCGGCACGCAGAGGCGCGUGGGAGCUCGAGAUGAUCACGACCAAGGCGGGACACGCCAAGGAGCUGAGCGCGCAGCGUACGAAGAUCGCUGGGCUCGAGGCCAGCGUCAAGGAACUCACGUCCAAGACAUCCGUACAGUUCGCGACACUCGAGUCGCGGCAGGCCGAGGCGGAGGGUGCUCGUGCCGAGCUCGAGACCGUGCGUGGGCGAACAAACGAGCUCGAGUUCCAGCUCCGCGAGGCUCGCGAACAGCUCGCACUCCUCGAGGACGCACCGCGGCGCUCGGCACCACCGUCACGCACAGCGUCCCCGUCGAGGGCGGCGGCGGACGUACAGCGCCUACUCGCCGACGCGGACGCGCGCUCCGCGGCCAAGAUUUCCGAGCUCAAGACCAGAGUCCUGGCACUCGAGCGCGAGCGCACCGAACUCGAGGAGGACUGGGCUGCCAAGCUCGCGCAGCGGGUACGGGAGCUCGAAAGCCUCCAGACCACCCUUGGCGCGAAGGAAAGCGAGGCGGCGCGUGCAGCCGAGGCGCGCAAGGAACGAGACGCGCGCCUGGACGCGGCAGACGCGGCGCGCCGCGAGAUGGAGCGCCAGAUGUCCGCACUCCGCUCCGAGGUGGAAUCUGCGCGUGCAGAUGUCGCGGUUGCAGCUGAGGCGGAGCGUGUUGCGCGCGACGAGCUCGCGGCUGCACAGGGCGGGGCUGCGGGCAUCGCAGCGCAGCUGGAGGAGGCCAAGGCUGCAGGCGAGCGCAUGAAGGCCGCGAACCGUACGCUGCGUGACGAGCUGCGCAAGGUUCAGAGCUCGGCGCAGCUUCUCGAACGCCAGCGCGGCCCAGGCGUCGGGUAUUGGGCACAGGGCCAGCCAUCCGGUUCUCAGUCACCCACUACUGCGUCGCCAUCACAAACCAGCUCGCCCAAGCCAGAGGAGGAAGAGGUCAACCUCGAGUACCUGCGCAACGUAAUCCUGCAGUUCCUCGAGCACCGCGAGAUGCGGCCCAACCUCGUGCGCGUUCUCAGCGUCAUCCUGCGCUUUACGCCGCAGGAGCUGCGGCGCCUUAAUGCCAAGCUCAUGUCAUAG